GAAGCUCUGCGAAGGAAGGGAGGGGGCUGGGCGGGCGCGGGCUGCACGAAGAAGCGGCGAGGGAUCCAGCGCUCUCCUUGCUCCUUAACUCCUUCCUACUUUGCACGGUAUUUACAAUUUUCAACCACCUGGAUCAAGUAGCAGCAGAAUAACUUUGAAGAAUCAUCCAUCAUGAAUUCAUUUAAUGAAGGUUAAAAGACAUACAAAAAGACCAUGGGGAAUUCUUAUGCAGGGCAACUGAAAUCUGCUCGUUUUGAAGAAGCCCUUCACAACUCCAUAGAGGCCUCCCUCAGAUGUAAUAGUGUUAUUCCUCGGCCCAUCUUCUCCCAGCUCUGUCUUGAUCCUGAGCAGCCUCCUAUUUUGCCGGAAGAUGUGAAACCAAAAGUGGAAGAGCUGGACAAAGAAUUGAUGCAUCGUUACACCCAGAAUGGAAGUUUGGAUUUUUCCACAAGCCAACCUAUUAAUGAAACAGAAGAAGAUGAUGAGGAUGAAGAGAUGUCUGAUUCCAAUAGUCCGCCAAUCCCGUACGCACAAAAACCUGCCCCAGAAGGAUCUUGCACUACUGAUGGUUUUUGUCAAGCCGGCAAAGAUUUGCGAUUAGUAUCACUGUGUAUGGAACAGAUUGAUAUCCCACCAGGCUUCCUGUUGGUGGGAGCCAAGUCUCCGAAUCUUCCUGAGCAUAUUCUAGUCUGUGCUGUUGAUAAAAGAUUUUUGCCAGAUGACCAUGGAAAAAAUGCACUUUUAGGUUUCUCUGGAAAUUGUAUAGGCUGUGGAGAAAGGGGAUUUCGAUAUUUCACUGAAUUUUCAAACCACAUUAAUCUGAAACUUACCACUCAGCCAAAGAAGCAGAAGCACUUAAAGUACUACCUAAUAAGAAAUGCUCAAGGUGUGCUGUCAAAGGGACCUCUUAUAUGUUGGAAAGAAUGUAGAAGCAGGCAAUCUUCUGUUGCUAGCCAUUCUGCUAAACCUAGUUCUUCAGCAUCUCCAUCUGUGACCCCUGAGAGUGGAACAGCCAGUGGAUACAAGCCAGGGUUCACCCAGACAGAGUCCUCAGUAUUCAGUGAAGCACAGUCUUCCUCUGCUGUUAAUUUAAGUGGAAUUCAAGAUUUGACUCGGAAUAAGAACAUAGUGAGACCACUUGCUUUGCCUGUGCAACUUGUAGGAAACACAUUUGCAACAGUUCCCCUUUCUCUCCGAGCCACUGAUGUUACCAGUGGAAACAACAUUGCAGGAAGGACAAAUGUCAUGAGCUCUACAGUUUCACGACCUGUGCCUCACUCAAUGUCUCCCGGCCCUAGUUGUGUAGCUGCAGAGCAAGCUACCCUGUCCAGUUCUGGCCCACCCAAGAAACGACACCGAGGAUGGUCUCCUGGAUCCCCGGUCCUUCCUCCUGGCGUAAUUGUGCCUGUUCCUGCCAUCCGGCCUCUUCCAAGAGCAGAGCCUCUUUUAUCAGUCCCAGUUCCACAGUCGAUGUUAACUGGAAUUUUACAGCCUCAGCCCAUCCCUGCAGGGGAGACUGUAAUAGUUCCUGAAAAUCUGCUGAUUAACUCAGGAAUCAGACCAGUGAUUCUAAUAGGUUAUGGCACUUUACCUUAUUUCUAUGGGAAUGUUGGAGACAUUGUAGUAAGUCCCUUGCUAGUGAAUUCCUACAAGAUUCCUCAGCUGGAAAACAAAGAUUUGGAUCUUUUUGGUUUAACUGGGAAUCAGUUACUAAGUGUGGAGAACAUGAUUAUUUUAACAGUACAGUAUCUUGUCCGGCUAGGUCCUGAUAAGAUACCUCUCAGGGAAGAAUUUGAACAGAUCAUGCUGAAAGCUAUGCAGGAAUUUACUCUAAGGGAACAGUCCUCACAAAUGAAUGCACAGAGCAUCUCCUUGUCGCCAGCUCAACUUCCAUGGCUUGCCAAGUUAAUUGCCAGCGUUUCCCAAGACAUGGUACAUGUGGUAGUUACUCAGAAUUCCUUGGCGGAAGGCAUUUCUGAAACCCUGCGGUCUCUGAGUGAAAUGAAGCACCAGCAAAGGGUGCCAGAUUACGUGGUUGCUAUCUGCACCUCGAAGAUCAGAGGAAGUGAGUUCUGCGUGGUAGUUUUAGGUCAAUAUCAGUCUAGAGCUCUGGCAGAGAGCAUGCUUACCACCAGUGAGUUUUUAAAGGAGAUAAGUUAUGAGCUCAUUACAGGAAAAGUUAGUUUUCUUGCAUCGCAUUUCAAAAACACAUCUUUAGGUGAUGAAUUGGACAAGUUAUUAGAGAUGAUGCAACAGAGACGGGGAGAUAACGUUGUCAUCCCAUUCAGUGGAGAUGUUAAUGAGUGUGUAUCAUCUCAAGAAGCAGCUGCCAUGGUUUCCAAUCAAGAACUAGACCUGGAUACUGAAACUUUCCAGAUUUAUCAACCACAACUCACAGUUGCCAGAAAGCUCUUGUCACAGGUUUGUGCCAUAGCAGAUAGUGGCAACCAAAGCCUGGAUCUGGGCCACUUCAGCAAAGUAGAUUUCAUUGUUGUGGUUCCUCGUUCAGAGGUCCUUGUCCAACAGACCAUCCAGCGGAUUCGACAAUCAGGUGUUCUUGUAGACUUAGGGCUUGAAGAAAGUGGAGCAGCUUACCAAAGAGCUGAAAAGUAUGUGGUGCGGCUUGACAAUGAGGUUCAAACAAAGUUUGAUGGUUUCAUGAGACGAGUGAAACAGAAUCCGUAUACUCUUUUUGUGCUCGUACAUGACAAUGCCCAUGUGGACUUAACAAGUGCUAUCUCCAGCUCGCUGUCUCACGGAGAGCCUAGUCACGGACUUGCUGAUAGAGUGGUAAACUGCAGAGAGGUCCUUGAAGCUUUCAACCUCCUUGUCCUCCAAGUGAGUUCUUUCCCAUAUGCCCUUCAGACUCUCCAAUCCCGAAUCAACUCAGCGAAUGAGGUGCACUGGAUACAGUUUGGCAAUAUGGAGGAAAUAAGCCAAGAUGAGAAGUUGUACUUUGGCUUGAAUGAAUACAGCAAAUCUCUGCAGUGGGGAAUCACAAGCCCUCUUCUGAGAUGUGAUGAAAUCUUUGAAAAAAUGGUGAAUACGCUCUUAGAGAGGUAUCCCAGGUUGCACAGCAUGGUGAUUCGCUGCUAUCUCCUCAUUCAGCAGUAUUUGGAAGCCUUGAUGGCUCUCACUACCAUGGCUUCACUAAGAGACCACAGCACACCAGAAACGCUCAGCAUAAUGGAUGACAUCAUCACCGCUCCUGGCAAGGAUAAGAAUGGCCGUGGCCACAUGUUAGUGAUCCGAAUUCCUUCUGUGCAGCUGGCAAUGCUGGCAAAAGAAAGGCUGCAAGAAGCACGAGAUAAACUAGGUCUGCAGUAUCGUUUUGAGAUCAUUUUGGGGAACCCAGCUUCAGAGCUUAUGGUUGCCACGCACUUUGUGAAGAGAUUAAAGGCAUGGAGAGGAAAUGAAGAAGAUGAUUGGUUUCCUCAUACCUACCAAGAUUUAGAAGGUCUACCCUGUAUUGUUGUUCUAACUGGCAAAGAUCCACUAGGAGAAACAUUUCCCAGGUCUUUGAAAUACUGUGAUCUUCGACUGAUUGAUUCAAGCUAUUUAACUCGCACAGCCUUAGAACAAGAAGUAGGCCUCGCCUGCUGCUAUGUUUCAAAGGAGGCAAUUCGAGGGCCUAUUGUAGCCCUUGAUCUUAGUGAAAAGGAGCAAGAGAAGACCAGCAUUGGUGAGAAUGAUACUGAUGAGCUGUUGAUUGACUUGGAGAGGCCACAAAGCAACAGCAGUGCUGUGACUGGAACUUCAGGUUCUAUAGCAGAAAAUGGAGUGAGCUCCUCUAGUGCCACAGACAAGUCUCAAAAGCCAUCACUGUCUAUGAACUUCCAGAAUGUUGCUAGUAGCUCUGUUGAUGAAGGCUUUGCUCCUGGGGAGUCUUUGAAACAAGAAUGUGACUCUCUAGCCAACCAGAUAGCAAGCAGCACCACUUCUAAAUUAUCAGCAGCUUCCCCUUCGGUCAGCCAGACCUUCCAAUGGCCUAACCAUUCAGCAAAAGAUUGCAAGGCGUUGCACAUAUCUUUACCCCGAAUUGUGGUCUUGUCAAAAGCUGCCUACUGCCUUCUUGGCUCACAGAAAAGUGGGCAGCCAUCUUUUUCUUCUGCUCUGUUACCUCAUGCCGACGUGUCUUGGGUGAGCUCGCUAAGGCCUUUGCUUCACAAGGAUAUGACCAGUGAAGAGCAGUCUCUUUACUACCGGCAGUGGACUGCUGCACGGCAACACCAUGCAGACUACGGCAACCAUGGCGAAAUCACUAGCAGCAGGAGUUUUCAUCCACGACGGCUACUUCUUACAGGGCCGCCUCAGGUUGGGAAAACUGGCUCUUACUUGCAGUUCCUACGAAUUCUGUUUCGAAUGCUGAUCAGAUUGCUAGAGGUAGAUGUGUAUGAUGAGGAAGAUAUUAAUAUCAAUCAUACGGAAGACAGUGAAAUUGCCCAGUCUAGCAGUGACCAGUGGCCCGACAUUGAAAUUGUCAGGAAAAUGAAUUUUGACCUCAGUGUGCAUGAUCCCAAAUAUGUUCUUAUGAGCCCAGUCUAUACAGAACAACUGCAAAAAAUAAAGCAGGAACCAAGCAAAGAAACCAGACUUGAAGAACCCAGAAAGCGAAAUACUGUUUCUAUGAUGCUGACUAAGUACGCAGCUUACAAUACUUUCCACCACUGUGAACAGUGCCAUCAGUAUAUGGACAUAAAUCCUUCAGCUCCGAUGUCUGAUUCCACCCUACAUGCAUUUAUGUUCUCAUCCCCAAUGUUAGGGGAAGAUAUUCAGCUACAUUUUAUCAUUCCUAAAUCCAAAGAGAACUAUUUUGUCUUCAGCAAACAGGGCAGACAUUUGGAAAGCAUGCGUCUUCCUCUUGUGUCUGAUAAGAAUUUGAAUACAGUGAAGAGUCCUAUUUUUACACCUUCAAGUGGGCGUCAUGAACAUGGUCUCCUGAAUCUUUACCAUGCUAUGGAAGGCAUCAGCCACCUCCAUCUUCUUGUGGUCAAGGAAUAUGAAAUGCCACUUUAUCGCAAAUAUUGGCCCAACCAUAUCAUGCUGGUUCUGCCGGGCAUGUUCAACAAUGCAGGAGUUGGUGCUGCCAGAUUCCUGAUUAAAGAGCUUUCUUACCAUAACUUGGAACUGGAAAGAAACCGUUUGGAGGAGCUGGGAGUUAAGCGUCAGUGUGUUUGGCCAUUUAUUGUUGUCAUGGAUGAUUCUUGUGUCUUAUGGAACAGUCAUGUUGUCCAAGAACAGUCUAGUCAGUGUAUGGAUCAAGAAUCAACCAGUAGAAAUGUGUCUCUAAAGAGUGUUCUGCAGCAUAUUGAAGCCACACCAAAAAUUGUCCAUUAUGCAAUACUGGGCAUCCAGAAAUGGAAUAGCAAAUUGAAUUCCAGAGCACCCAAAGCCCCCUUUUCCAGAUGCCACAUACAUGAUUUUAUACUGCUCAACAUAGACCUGACCCAAAAUGUGCAAUAUGAUCUAAACAGGUAUUUCUGUGAAGAUGUAGAUUUUAAUCUGAGAACAAACAGCAGUGGCUUGCUUAUCUGUUGCUUUAACAACUUCAGUCUUAUGAAGAAACACAUCCAGGUUGGCGGUCAAAAAGACUUCGAUAUUAAACCUAAAAUCAUGGUCUCAGAAAGUUUGAUGCCAAUAAUACCUCUUCAGUAUGUUUGUGCUCCAGACAGCGAGCACACCCUCUUGGCAGCUCCAGCACAGUUCCUUUUAGAGAAAUUCCUUCAAUAUGCCACAUACAAGCUUUUCCCAAAGGCCAUCUAUAACUUUAAAAACCCUGUCUUGGCUGUUGAUUGCUGUUUGAAUAUUGGGCCUCAGGUAGCUCUCUGCUAUGUCAGUUCACGGCCGCACUCAGUUAAUGUGAACUGUGAAGGGGUGUUUUUCAGUGGUCUUCUUCUCUACCUUUGUGACUCCUUCGUUGGAGCAGACUUUCUUAAAAAGUUCAAAUUCCUGAAAGGUGCAACACUGUGUGUCAUAUGCCAAGACAGGAGCUCCCUGCGUCAAACCAUUGUCCGCUUGGAGCUGGAAGAUGAAUGGCAGUUCCGUCUGAGAGAUGAAUUCCAAACUGCUAACAGCUCUGAUGACAGGCCGCUCUAUUUUCUGACUGGGCGCCAUAUAUAAGCUUAAGCACAGGACGCAGGAGAACCUUAUGAGCUGAAUUGUCUUUUUCCUUAUUUCAGUCAAAGUACAAUCACUGUGGAGCAAAGUGCAACCCAAGACUUACGUUCAAUCAUUACUUUAAGAAUUUCCCCAAAUUCAGGCCCUGUCUUAGAAGGUUUCUCUCUUAUUUUAUGAUUGAAAGAGCAUUGAUCUCAAGUUAAUUCCUCAUGGGUCACUGAUAUAGAAGAUAAUAUACCCACUGUGACUAAGAUGUGAAGAAGUCUUUUGAAGGGGAGGGGGGAUGAAAUUAUUUUUGGCAUCUGUCAGCUUGAGUUACAUGAGGCUCAUAGUAAGCAGGUGGAACUAUGAGAAGAUAACGUUGUGAGGAAUGCUGUCCAUUUCUCUUCAUAUCUGUACUUUUGGUACGGUAUAACUCAGGGGUUUGAAACUACAAAACACAGAUAUUUGUGUUUGAAAGAGUAAUCUUUAUUCACUUUCUGUGCAGUGUUAGGUCAAGGUUUGUAAUUUUUUAUGUACUGAAAGUAUUUCGGCAAAAUUUCCACAAAAAUUAAAACGUUUACUACAGAAGCCUGAACAAAUCAGCAAAUGUAUGGCAGGCAUUUGUAUAAAGAUGCAGGUUUGGGAUAUCUAUUGUUGAUUUUAAUCCAGCGACCCUUUGUGAGGAGAGAACCUGUGAAGGUGAUCCCUUUUUUCCCUCCGACAGUUCAUGUGGAACUGGAUCCCAAAAGAAAGGCUGCGUACAAACCUGUUUUUUGCACACAGAUCAUCACUAUGGUUUGAAAAGUAUCUGCUCAGCCAGCCUAAAUAGAUAGCUUUUGCAUAUUGUUUCCUCGGUGUAUUUAAGCUCUACCAAUGAUUUCUGUCCUCAAUGUUAUGGGAUAUUGUUUUGAAGUGGCUAAGUAACCUUGUUUCCUACAUAGCUGAAAUUCCUGGAAUUCCCUCAGCUGUCUUGAGUGCUGGGGAUGGAGAAUGUUGGUUUUGUGCUUUUAUGAAGAGCAUUUACUAUUCUAUGAAGAAGAGACUGACCACAGAACAGGAAUAAUGGGGCUUAAUACUUCACUGUGUAUUUAAAUUAUAAAAGCAUACAAGUCCUUUAGGAAUCACUUUCCACUGAAUUGGGACCAGCCACAGAUGCCAUGCUUUACAGAAGUCUAAAACACAGCUGGAAAAGUUGGCCAGUUUAUUUUAAAUCUUGAAGCAGUUGAACACUGGCCCAGCAGGGCUCAUACAGCUCUGUUUCCCCUCCUUCCCAGUGUGAGCAAAAGGCCAAAUGGAGGCACCGUAACAGGGCAAUAUUCCUGUCUGGAUCUGGCACCUUGGCGCCAUGCUUCUGCUCCAAAGCUCAAGUAAUUUUCCAUGGCAAAAAGUUGGGGAUAUGGGAGGUAGGUCCAGAGUAUCUCUUGCUGCAAGGCCUCUUGCACUGCUUGCACAUGCGUGUACUUUGGUGGGGAACGGGAGAACUGGAGCUUUCCUGAGCUUAGCACAACUCCUUCAUAUGCAAAUACCGUGUGUGUGCUUGACUGGAUCAAGCCCCGUGCUUUUGUUUGUUUAAAUUAGAAAGAGAUGUAUUAAAUUUUAAAUAGGCAUUAAGUUGUUUAAAAGUGAAGUUCUUUGCACCAGCACUUUGUGCUGUGAAAUAUGCUGAGUGUUUAAAUGAGUCUAGUACAAUCAGGUCUUCAUACCGCAGUUAACAAUAGAUAGAAUUCCUUUUAUUUCCUGCUCAUUAGUCAUGUUUCAGUUUCUCUUACCGUUACCCUUUACUGUAGUUCUUCCUUCGGACACAUUCUUACCUUUCUUUGCACAGAUAUUUAAAACUUGUGCAGCCUGUUUCAUAAGAUGGUGAAAACAGAUAGUCAUUUGGUCCAGGCCAUUUAAAUACAAAUGGUAAUACCUGCAACUCUCAAUUAAGCACCUGCCCAAACUGCAUUUAGAACAAAGUGUUAAUCAUGCAACUUUUUUACCUUGUGAAAGAGCUGUUUACAAAUAAUGUAAAGCAUAAUAUAUUGAAGUUGAAAGGAAAGUAAUGGUUUUCAAACCUAUUGUUUUUAUUGUAGUUUUACAUAAAUGUAGCAUAUUUCAAAUGAACAAUUGUUUACUUUAGUGUAGAUUAUUCUUUUUUGGGGGGUACCCUUAUAAAAUUUGCCUUAUACUUUAAUAAAUACCUUUACAUUUUUGGAGUAGAAAUUUGCAUAAAAGCUACAAGUAGGGGAUGUCAGAUAACCUAGGUUUUAUUCUAGUUUUAUGGGGCUGAACAUAAUUUGUAAAUGUUUCCAAAGAGUUGCCAUUUUAUUGCAAAUUUUGCAGAUAGAAAGCUUUUAAAAUCUUCUUUAUAUAUUUGAAGUUUGCACUAUGUUUAAAAUUCCAGGUGCUUUGACUCUUGAUAAAGAGGUAUAAAACUAUAGGCUGAGAAUUUAGGGAUAAAGGAUCUUUUCACACAGUCGGGGUUUGGGGCCAUAUUUGAGGGAGAACAUAAAUGGUUACACUAUCUGAGCAAACACUGUGUUUUAUACCUAAAAAUGUAGUUCCUGGGUAGCACAUUCUUUUAUUUGAUGCACCACGUAGUGUUUAAUACUGUUGAGUUGUAAUCAUAGCACCAAGUGUUUAACUCGCAUGCUAUCCAAAUUGUGUAUUUUGAAUCUAGAAUUUACUAGUGCAGUCCCUGUUGAACAAAUUGUGCAGGAAUAUGUUUUGUUUAUCACUAUUUGAUGUAUAAAAGUUCCACUCUCCCUCAUUAUUAAGCAAUGUUUUGUGUGAUUGUAUGGAAAGAUCCUAAAAGAUAUUUUUCUAAAUUGGACAAGAACAAUUGGUAGUUCAACACAGUAUCAUAAAGCAAAGGAAGAAGAGUUUUGGUUGAAUAUUCUUUGAAACCUCUUUAGUAAAUGUCUUCACAAACUCAACAUUAAAAUUCAUGUAGUAGAGUGAAAUAAACUCUGGAUGUGAUAAAUGGAACAGGAGAUCAGAGCAAGAUACCAAAUGUUGCAAUGUUCUUUCUUUUGCAAGCCUUGCAGCAAGGUGAUGGCAUGAAUGUAUUAAAAGGCCAGCAUUAUUUUACCUGUGAGCUUGUUAAAUAUAAGUAAUUGACAAGUCCCAGGUUAUACUGAAUGUAAUCUGUAAUUUUUUAAAAAAUGACUCAGAUAUUUCUGUAAUUUAUACAGUUGCUUUGUGUGAUCUCUAAAAAAGAGGGUAAAUGUUGCUUUCUUAGGACUGCUUCACACUUGACCAGUUUCCUACUCAGAUAAAACUUUUAAGGAAUAAAGUAUGUAAUCUGUAAAUCAACUGUGAUGAUGACAUAGAUGCCAGAUUUGUUACGCAAAGUUGGUUGCAACUCCCAGAACAUGUAUAUAUUUUGAAACAAAUGUUCAGCUUGUCCGUCAACAAUUCCUUGUUUAUCUUCUUGUUUUCUACAUAGAGCUAUUCACUCUAUAGGAAGUUCUUCAGUUUUGAAGCAGUCCUUGGUGUAAAACUCUUUUAACCAAAACAUGGUGAAUUUAGCUUCACUAGUCAGUCUACCUCACAUUUAUUUUAACUGAAGUUGUCUGCAAUUGUGUCUAUAGUAUGUUUAUAAUGUUCUUUCAUUAAAUUCAGUAAUGUUAUUA